AUGCAGGACUCCCAACUCCAAGUAAUCAUCAUUGUCCUCGCGACCGUGGUUCCUGUCACCGCCAUAACCGCAGUUGGAUGUUUUUUCUGGCGCCGUAGCCGUCAACGGCGCAGAUUCCUCUUCAUGAAACGAGGCAUUACCCCUAUCGAUGAUGAGGAAAUCGAGUCGUGGAAGCGGGAUAGGAGCCACGAGAAGGCACAGAUAAUCGAAGCUGCCAACGAAGCUGCCAACAGGGAGGCCAGAGAUUUAGAGCAACAACAACUCGAGUACCGGCAAAGACAGAAGAGCACUUCAUUCAGCUCUAUCCGCAAACCCCCAAGUGUUAUCAUCUACGACCGUCCCCAUCCCCGAGUUUCCGAGGAACUCUCCCCUCGAUCAAUUCACCACAAGCGCAGCAUUGAUGUGCCGCCGACUCCAGUCCUUGCUCGCGCCCCCAACUCACGACCAGGCCUCACCGAUGAAGCUGUCCAAGGAGAAGAAGCCUUCAUCCCACCCAUCAAGCGUCAGCCUUCACGAUUGGCCAAACUUCCCCCUUCUCGUCAUAGCCGAACUCGAAGCAGCCGCAGCAGUACCAUGAGCACAGCUUCACCCCGAGAUCCUUGGCAUGGUCACUAUCCCGAUGCAUUCUUCGGCACUCGUAGCUCCAGCGAAUACCUACCCCGGACGCACCAAUCCCUGGACAUUAGACGGCAACAUCAUCGAAUGCAUUCCAUGUCCAACAUGAAUCGUCUAUCAUUCAACGAAGAAGUCUAUCUCGGGGGCCUUUCACCACGGCCGCUCGUUCGUCAAUCGGAGAUUGGCAGGGCUAUCGGUUGA